AUGGAUUCUCAAACUGUCUCUUCCUCUUUCAGUCUUGAGCUGAGAAUAGUAAAGGCAAGAAACGUUUUUGUGAAAACAUGUAGACAAGUUUUUGUGAGAUGCUAUAUCUCUACAGCAAGCAACCAAAGAAUAAGAUUAGAUAGCCAAGAAAUCUCAUCAGAUUCCAACAUGACUUGGAAUCAAACAUUUUCACUAAACUGCUCUGGCACUCCUGAAACCAUGAGAUCCCUCAAGCAAGGAACCAUUGUUUUCGAGCUCCGGAGCAGAAGUGCAGCGACUUUGAUAUCAAGAAUGAGUGGCUCAAAACUGGUGGCAAGGGCUGAGAUGCCAUGGAAAGAUGUCGUUGGCGUGCCGGUCCACGAGAAGUGGGUCGUCAUGACUGCAAAAAACAGCUACGUGUAUAAUGAUGAAGUGAAGCCCCCGGGUAUACAGAUAGCCACCAAAGUUGAAGAAAUUGCAGAGCUGAAGACAACAAAGGCGUAUAAUUGCGGUUGCAUGGAUUGUGGAUGCAAUUAUUGCGUAGAUUAUGACUUCUUUGCAUUAGGAGCUGCUUUAGCAUAUACAGAAGCGUUUUAG